AUGUCACAAACACCCGAAAAUACCAUUUCUUCACUACUAGUUAUUUCUUUCGAAAAUUCUUCACCAACUAUAGUAACUUCUACUACUAAAAAAAAGAAACGAAGCAAUGUUGGUGGUCGUCCAAAAUCUUUAGUAUGGGGAAUACAUGCUGAACAAGGAAUAAAAGUUUCAGAUGUUCCUGUUGAAACACGACAAUUUUUUCUCAAUCGACUUGCUGAAAAAUCUGAACCUGGUACAAAUCUAUAA